CAAUUCCACAUCACACUAACCUGUUUACACGCAUUGACUCACACCACAGCUAUCAAAAUGACCCGCACCCCCCUCCGCCCGGGCGUCUACGCCCCAACCAUGACCUUUUUUACUCCCUCCACCGAAGACCUCGACAUCCCCACCAUCCGGCGCCAUGCCGUCCGGCUCGCCAAAGCCGGUCUUGUCGGACUCGUCUGUAUGGGCUCCAACGGCGAAGCCGUCCACCUCACGCGAUCCGAACGUCAAACCGUCAUCAGCGAAACCCGGUCCGCCCUGGUCGAAGCUGGAUUCUCCAACGUGCCAGUCAUCGCGGGGGCCUCGGAACAGUCCAUCCGGGGCACAAUUGACCUGUGCAGUGAAUCCGCGUCCGCCGGGGCCGAAUACGCCCUGAUCGUGCCACCCAGUUACUACCGCUACGCCGUGGGCAACGACGACACCCUGUACGAGUUCUUCACCGCAGUGGCCGAUAAGUCGCCCAUCCCGAUCAUUCUCUACAACUACCCGGGUGCGGUGGCGGGAAUUGAUAUGGACUCGGAUCUGAUCAUCAAGAUCUCGCAGCACCCGAAUAUCGUGGGGACGAAGUUUACUUGCGCGAACACAGGGAAGUUGACCCGCGUGGCAUCGGCGUUGCACGCUAUUGUCCCCGCGUCGUCGUUAGGGCCGAAGGAGAGGAAGUUCCCCAAGACCAAGGCCGUCGAGAAUCAUCCGUAUGUGGCGUUCGGGGGCAUUGCGGAUUUCUCCCUGCAGACGUUGGUAUCGGGCGGGUCGGCUAUCCUGGCCGGAGGCGCAAAUGUUAUCCCGAAGCUAUGUGUGAGGAUUUUUGACUUGUGGGGAGAGGGGAAAUUCGCAGAGGCCAUGGAGGCACAGGAGCUAUUGAGUAAGGCUGACUGGGUACUUACAAAGGCAGCUAUCCCGGGCACGAAGAGUGCCAUUCAGAGCUAUUAUGGGUAUGGAGGGUUCCCGCGCAAGCCGUUGGGCCGGUUGGACGCCAAGCAGGCGGAGGAGGUCGCGGAGAAGAUUAAGGAUGCCAUGGAUGUCGAGCUGUCGUUGCCGGAUAUUGCUUAGACGUGUAAAUUAGCGUGCCCUGUGUCUAGGUUGGUGUGACUACAACGAGUGUGAUGCAAAUUGCUGGACCCCCACGCUAACUGUGUACUUUGGC